AUGGACCUCAACACCCUCUCGCACCUCCAAACAGAGGCGUCAAACCCUCAAACCAGACACAUCGACCAACUCUCCACACUUGAUAUGUGCAAGCUUAUCAACACCGAAGAUCAUCGCGUAGCCGCAAGUCUCACCCCGUGUCUCCCCCAGAUCGCAGGCGCAAUCGACGCCUUAACACCUCGUGUCCGACGGGGUGGGAGAGUUAUCUAUGUAGGCGCCGGGACAAGUGGCCGACUCGGCAUCCUCGACGCAUCCGAAAUCCCACCGACGUUCGCCGCUCCACCAGGACAAUUCAUCGGUCUAAUCGCCGGCGGAGACGCCGCGAUCCGUCGCGCCCAAGAAGGCGCCGAGGAUAAUAUCGCUCUCGGCGAGACUGACAUGGCUGCCCUUGACCUUGAUCCCGAAUUGGACAGUGUAAUCGGCAUCGCAGCGAGCGGGCGCACACCCUAUGUUCUUGGUUGUAUAUCCUUCGCAAAGGGCGUCGGAUGUGUGACGAUCGGCGUUGUAUGCGCGGAACCUUCUGCACUUGGAGCAUCUGGGGAUAUGGAUUUCCUUAUUGCGCCUUUACCGGGGCCAGAGGUUAUCAGUGGGAGUACGAGGUUGAAAGCUGGGACUGCGACGAAGCUUAUGCUUAAUAUGUUGAGUACGGGGACGAUGAUUCGGGUUGGGAAGACGUUUGGGAAUACGAUGGUUGAUCUCAUCGCAUCGAAUGCGAAGCUGCGUCAACGCUCGCGAAAUAUCUUUCGCCGGUUUAAUGCCGACUUUCACUCAUUCUCGAAUGAGGAUAUUGACGCGCUGUUAACUCGGUGUGAUGGGAGCGUGAAACUGGCCUUGCUUGUCGCGGAGACUGGACGGUCUGUUGGAGAGUGUCGGCAGGACCUUGAAGCCUGUAACCAGCAGCUGUCAAAGGCUCUAGCCAAGGUUAAACUUGCUAUUAUAGGGUCGAAAUACAGUAACGGACGUGAGAAAAGGCUAGUGUUGUGUGUCGACGGUGGCGGGACGAAAUGCGCUGCGGUGGUUGCAGACCAAACUGGUGCUGUAUUGGGUCGUGGAGAGGCUGGUCCAUGUAAUAUAACCGACGGCACUUGUCUAGAUACUCCAAUGGGGACUCUAAGCACCGCAGUGCAGGGAGCUCUACAAAACGCGCAGAUAUCAAGCCCAAACCAGAACAUACUAUCACGUUUCGAAAGCGCCUGGAUUGGACUAGCUGGAAUGGACAGACCAGGACUACGCGGGAAGACUGAAUCAAAAAUCACAGCAAUAUUGGGCAAACCAUCCAGGCUCUUGCGGUUAUCAAACGACGUGGACUUGCUCUCCGCCGUGAUGGCCCGGCAUCCUGAUACAUCUUCUGUGAUAGUUCUCAUCGCCGGUACUGGCAGCAUUGCAAUGCGAUAUAGCGCGGAAUCGGGUAAGGAACCAACAAGAACUGCUAGAUCAGGAGGCUGGGGCCAUCUUCUGGGUGACGAGGGUGGUGGAUAUUCCAUUGGACUGGACGCAGUUAAGCAUACGUUGAAAGUCUGCGAAGAGGUCAGGCUUGGUCUACGCCCUGACGAGCCGGAAUUUGGGCAGCUUGAACAGGCAAUUCUGCAACAUUUUAGUCUCUCAAAGUCAAGGGACAUGGACCUCUUGAGCGAGGUUCUAUCAGGACAGGACGGCGAAAGCGUCAAGAUGCGCAUUGCAGCAGUGGCCCAGCCUGUGCUCGAUUUAGCUGUCACCGAUACUACAGCGAUGGGAAUUGCAUCGUCGCAGGCAAAGGCACUGGUUGAUACGGUUCUAGGACGGUUGAUAGACCCUAGAUCGUCCACUGCUCUUCCGCCCGAGAAGACAGGGCUUGUUCUUUCCGGUGGAGUUCUCAUGCAGGAAACAUAUCGAGAGCUAGUUCUUGAGCAAUUGGCUGGAAAAGGAAUUAAAUUCGCAUAUGUUGAGGUUGUUUCAAAUGCUGGUGCUCUUGGGGCACAGUCUCUUGCCUCGUUGGAAGCUCAACAGAUUGAAUAA